CUGGUCGGACUCGGGCUGACGGAGAAACUCCGGCCAAGCCCGUGUCACGUGACUCCGCCACCGGCUGAGAGGAGCGAGAGCGCAGCCGGAGCGCCGCAGAUCCUCGGUGCUCACACGCCUGCUAACACCAGCAGCCCUUCACCGCCCAGUUUCUUUUUAACUCAACCCUUUUACUCCCUCCCGUGUUUCUCUGCUGUUGGCGGCUGUUCCUGAACCAGGUCGCAAACAUGACUGUUUUGAUUUUCACGUUUAAGGAUUUUGCUUUUCUAAUAGCAGACCGGCCUCCAGGACUAGGAUGACUGGGAAAAUCCAGACAAGCAACGUGACCAACAAGAAUGACCCGCGCUCCCUCAACUCCCGCGUCUUUAUCGGCAACCUUAACACGGCUGUGGUCACCAAGGCCGACAUAGAGGCCAUCUUUGCCAAAUACGGCAAGAUAGUGGGCUGCUCCGUUCACAAAGGCUACGCCUUCGUUCAGUACGCCAGCGAGAGGAACGCCCGGGCGGCAGUGGCAGGGGAGAACAGCAGAGUCAUCGCUGGACAGUCUCUAGAUAUCAAUAUGGCAGGAGAACCAAAACCAUACAGGCCGAAGAUGGCCUCUAAGAGACCCCUCUCAUCCCUCUACAGUGGCUAUGAGUUUGACUAUGACUACUACAGAGAUGAUUUCUACAGCAGGCUCUUUGAGUACCAUGGCCGUGUUGUGCCUCCGACCCGAGCCGUAAUCCCCAUCAAACGUUCCCGGCUAAUCGUCCCGUCCACUCGCAGAGCCAAAUCCUCCUUUCCAGUCAGGGCCUGUUCUUCCUCCUCUUCCUCCUCCUCUUCAUCCUCCCGAGCAAUCAACAUCGGCUCGUCAAUCACUGGCCCUAAACAAUGUACUCGCCAAAGUAAAUCGUGUGACCAGGGAACAAAGGCUUUGCAAAUGAAAAAAAUGAAGACAGACCAACUCCUAACCAUCAAGAAGGAGCUGUCGCAGAUCAAGACAAAGAUCGACUCAUUGCUGGGCAGGUUGGAUAAGAUUGAGAGGCAACAUCGCUCCGAGACCGAGAUGCAGAGGAAACAGGAGGAGGUGUGUGAGCGUCUCCAUGGUGAUGGUGAAGACCACUCUGGAGGAGAGGAGGUGGAGGGAACAGCCGAGGUGGAGGCAGGAGAAAUGACGGAUGGAGGCGAGGAUGACUUUGAAGAUGAAGGAACCAGCGACAUGAUAGAGAACCACAUAUCAGACAUCGACAACUGAGUAAGCAAAGAAGUUGCGACAACGGAUACCAGCAAAAUCCUCUUGAUCACUGAGGUGUGUUUAAAGUGAAAGGCGGCAUGCGGAAGUGACUGACAACAGAGGAAGAUGUUUUCAGACGUGUUGCAGCUUGUUUGCCUCAUCCAAAUAUCACACUCCUGAUGUGUGCUUAUCAAAAUACGGGAUUUAAAUGUUCUCCAGACUACUGCAAGAUGCAGAGUGUUGAAUAUUCUCUCGUCAGAAUGUUUGCUCUUCUGAAAAAUGCAGACAGAAGCAGUAUAUUGUGUGCUUAACACUUAUUGUUCUGUAUUGUGCAUAUAAAUACAGUUAUGUGAACAAAAGAACAUGAAAUGGUCUCUUUUUGUUGUAUUUUUGACGUAUGUUCAUGUUUCUGUGAGCCAGCCACACUGCAGGGAGAGAGCUGAAUAUGAAUGUAGGUUAAACUUGUGUUUUCUGGCACCUGAUGAUAGUGUGAUUUGUUUUAAUUGUACAUUUUGGGUGAAAUCUACAAAUAGUAGGGUUUCCGCUGUUUCACGCUGUAUUUGAUGCAUACUAUGUUUAUCAUUUGUUGAUCACAAUAAGAAGCAUUUAAAAUUUAUUUAUGUCUUUUUCAUGGUGAUCUGAAGAUAACUUCAUGGUGAUCUGAAGAAUAACUUUCAGCAUGUUCAACGUGUGACUACAGAUAAUUUGUAUUCAUUGCAUCUGUUGUACAGUCAUGGAUGAGAAGAAUUUUUGAAAUAAACCUGCCCCCAAUCUUGAAAA